AUGGGUACAGUGCUCUCUCUGUCUCCCAGCUACCGCAAAGCAGUGCUGUUUGAGGAUGGCCCAGCCACGGUAGGCCACUACACAGCGGUACAGAAUAGCAAGAACGCCAAGGAUGCUGCUGCAGCAGCCUCCAAGUCCCUCAAACGCCCCUCUAUCAUCAAUGUGUUGCCAUGGAAACGCAUUGUGGCUGUAUCGGCGAAGAGGAAGGGCUCCAAGAAGCUGCAGUCAGACGGCGGGGACGGUGGGAAAGGGAGCUCCCCGGAAGGCCACACCACUGCCACAGCCAACUCCGCCUCCAAUAGCCUGAAGCUGAAAAAGUCUCAGUCCUGCGCUAACCUUUCAUCUUACUCCUCAAACCAGGACCCCUCGGCCGCUACCACCACUACCUCCUCCCACCUGCCCAUCUCCAAGACCCUGGCAAACGUAGCUACUGUCGCUGCCAAAAAGAAUUCCCUCACAGGCUCCGGGAUCCAGCCGUCUACUGCAACUGGCACGCCAAAACGUGUCAUCGUCCAGGCCUCCACCAGCGAACUAAUGCGCAGCCUGGGUGAGUUCCUGUGCCGUCGGUGUUACAGACUGAAGCGUCUAUCCCCAACAGAUCCGGUGCUGUGGCUGCGCAGUGUGGAUCGUUCCCUCCUCCUACAGGGCUGGCAGGAUCAGGGCUUCAUCACUCCGGCCAAUGUGGUCUUCCUCUACAUGCUGUGCCGCGAUGUGGUCUCGUCCGAGGUGGCCUCAGAGCGCGAGCUGCAGGCCUCACUGCUCACCUGCCUUUACCUGUCCUACUCUUACAUGGGCAAUGAGAUCUCCUACCCGCUGAAGCCCUUCCUUGUCGAGGCAGAGAAGGAAGCCUUCUGGGACCGCUGCCUGGAGAUCAUCAACCGCAUGAGCGGCAAGAUGCUCCAGAUCAACACCGAUCCACACUUCUUCACCCAGGUGUUUGCUGACCUGAAGAACGAGAGCAAGAAAGAGGAGGAGAAGACCAAACUCCUCAUAGGCCUUGACCGAUAA